CGGUAUUACAGUUGUUAACGUUGCACAUCUAUGUCUCGCUCAACAAAAGAAGAUUGGGUUUGUAGUGAUCCAAAAUGUAAAAAUGUGAAUUUUGCUAAAAGGGACAAGUGCAACCGUUGUGACAAGCCUAGGAAAUUUGUGGCUUCAGGUAAUGCUGGUUUAGAGGUCGGGAAACAGCUAGCUGAAAAAAGCAAAGGUCUUUUCAGUCCAGAUGAUUGGAUUUGUAAGACAUGUGGAAAUAUCAAUUGGGCACGUCGAAGUACUUGUAACGUGUGCAAUGGAUCAAAGGUCGACAUACAAGGCGAAAGAACAGGUUAUGGUGGAGGGUUUAUGGAGCGCGAUGAAGUAGUAGAAUACCGAGAACGCAGAGACUCAGAUGAUGAGUUUGAUGAAUUCGGUCGUAAAAAGAAAGGCUUUCGAAAAAAUCAGAGUGAACAAUCUAGCAACCAUGACUCGUCCAAUUUGGGUAACAAUUCUGUUACACGAGUUCAUGAUAAAGAUGAUGAAGACGAAAAUGGCAAUAAUAAAGGUGAUGAUAGUGAAGAUGAAGAUUCUGGUGAUGAUGCUGAUCUCUCAAAGUAUGAUAUUUGGGGGGCAGAAAACAACGAUUCGGAUGAUGAGUUAUCGAAUCAACGAAAACCUGCAUCUUCACAAGAAGCUGCAAAAAAUAAGUCACGAAGUCAUAGCCACUCAUCUUCCUCGGAUUCAGACUCUGAUUCUUCCUCAUCUUCUAGCCAGACCUCACAUUCAUCACACUCUGAUUCAUCAUCAAGUUCCCACAGUGAAGCAUCUUCCAAACUCGAAAAUCAAUCCAAUAGCAAACGAUCUCAUCCUAACAACGGGAAUGCAGACAAUGAUAGUGACAACUCAACUCGUGUAAACCACAAACGAAAAAAACAAUAAUGAACAGCAGCAGCACGAUCGGUUGAUGUCGGGUACAGAGAGAAGUGCUAAUCUCUAAUAUAAUCUCUACGCUCCGUGCCACUCCUGUAAAGCAACAGUUAUUCAGGACAGCAAUUUUUUUCUAUCUCCUUUACCUACAAAAUAAUUAAAUUGCAGUAUAAAGAUGUCAUUGUAUAUUGUUCAUCAUUCCUAUGUCAGCUUCAAUGUCAUCUUCACCUUUUUGCAACUCUAUCCCUCUUUUUGUAUGUGUGUGUGGUUAUGUCAUUGGGAUUUAUUUCCUGUCUUUCUCUUAAAAUAGGGAUCAUAUAAAGGAUCUGAAUAUAAUUCUUCUGCUCUCUUCUUAUUAUAAUUAUUCGUAACAUUAGUUAAUUUACAUCCAUUCUACUUAUGUGUAUAUGUACAGUGUUCAUAUUGUGCUUUAUAUAUAACAUCUUUUAUUGACAUCAGCAUUGUUCUCUUUACUCAUAUGGACUUCCACAGUUUUGUAUUAAAACUCAGUGAUUUAUUUGAGAAGACAUCAUUAGUUUACUAAAUAGUUUACUUGCGUCAAAUAUCCACUAACUGUUAGCUAUUUGAAUAAACACUUUCUCAUAAA